AUGCAGCAAGUGGUGCUCCUUUCUUUACUUUUGGUCCUGCCUACCCAGGCUUUCUUGUUCCCAAGUGCCGGAGGCGGCGGCGGAUGCUGGUGAGUAUUGCCUUUACACGGUUUACCGUAGUUACAUUAUUGUACAAAAAACUAGCAUGUAUUUUUAGCCCUCCCCCACCACCACCAUGCUGCCCUCCUCCCCCACCACCUAGUAAGUUUUUUCCUUACAAUUCCUGCCUAGCAUUACUGUUUUCUUACUGUCAUUUUUUAUUUUCAGGCUGUGGCGGCGGAUGUGCCCCACCCCCACCACCACGUGAGUUCUAAUGCAACUACAGGCACUUUUGAGGCUACAUUGACCCUAACCAGCUUAUGUUGAUCCUUAAAUAUUUUUAUAUUCCUUGAUUUCAGCAUGCGGCGGAGGAUGUGGAGCUCCACCACCCCCACCACCACCCCCACCAAGUAAGUUGAAGUCCGCCUUUUGUCUAAAUUGUUUUCAAACAGAGAAGAAUUCCAUCUAUAGUUAGAAGUAAACAAUUUACAUUAGUGAGCGUAUUUUAGGCUGCGGUUGCGCUCCCCCACCACCUGCUCCAAGUAAGUUUUAGGCCGAGACGUAACCCAGACUUACCGUGUAACCCAGGGAUUAACUUUCUCACCAAUAAUUACUCCCUUUUUUCCCACUGACCACUAAAUUUGCUAGUGCAUCUAUAAUUUAUAACUACCGCAACAAUCACCAUAAAUUACCGACAACGCAACACUUAGUUGUUAACUCCACGAACUUAAACCAAAUUAAUCAGAAUAACAUUUUGAUGAUUUUUUAACGGUGCAUACACAUCAUUUUUAGGCUGUGGAGGAGGAUGCGGAGGCGGUGCUCCAUCCGGAGGAUACGCCACUGCCCCAGCUGGCCCAAUCGGAGGCGGAUACGCCACUGCUCCCGCUGGCCCCAUCGGAGGAGGAUAUGCCGCAGGACCCAUCGGAGGAGGAGGCGGCGGAUACGCCACUGCUGGAGCCGGUGCUGGCCCAAUCGGAGGAGGAUACGCGGCCCCAUCUGGCGGAGGUUCGUAUGCCGCUCCCGCCGCCGGAGGAUAUUCUGCCCCCGCCGCCGGAGGUUACUCCGCUCCAGCCGCUGGAGGAUACUCAGCUCCAGCUGCCGGAGGAUACAGCGCUCCAGCCGCCGGAGGAUAUUCUGCCCCAGCCGCCGGAGGAUACUCCGCCCCUGCCGCCGCCGGAGGUUACUCCGCUCCAGCCGCCGGAGGAUACUCUGCCCCAGCUGCCGGAGGAUACAGCGCCCCGGCGCCAGCUGCCCAGGGAUACAGCGCCCCAGCUGCCCCACCUCCACCACCACCCCCACCACCACCACCACCAGCCCCAGCUCCAGCCCCUGCUCCAGCUCCAGCCCCAGCUCCAGCCCAGACCUACAACCAAGGACAAGAAGCCGGAUCUUCGGACUACCAAGGACAGGACAACGGAUCAUCCGACUACCAGGAUGCCCCAGCCCAGACCGGAGGACAGACCUCCGGCAACUACAAGGGCCGUGCCCGCCGUUACUUCCAGAAGAGAGUCGUCAAGAAAGCGCACUAG